CGCUGUCACCCCGUGACCUCUCCGUUCCUCUUCUCGGCUGCCCGGCCUUUCCGUUGUCUUUUGGUGCCCCAGCCACAUUCUGGAGACGCUCCCCUGCACGGGCUCAGCACUCCGGGCGCUGGGUUCCCCUUUCCCGGGGCUCUCCCCUCAGCCGCUCUGAUUGGCCGCCCCGGGGCCACCCCCGCCGACAGGCAGGGUCCUCCCCCCGCCCCGCGGAAAGUUUCCUGUGUCCGGAAGAAGUUGGAGGUUUGGAGACUACGAGGCUGCGGGGCUCUGCGCGGCCAUGGAGGAGGCCCCUCUGCGAGAGGAGGAAGAGGAGGAAGAGGAAGAGGAGGGGGACGAGGCUGGGCCAGAGGGGGCUCUGGGCAAGAGCCCCUUCCAGCUGACCGCCGAGGACGUGUACGACAUCUCCUACGUGGUGGGCCGCGAGCUGAUGGCGCUGGGCAGUGAUCCUCGGGUCACACAGCUGCAGUUCAAAAUCGUCCGUGUCCUGGAGAUGCUGGAGACGCUGGUGAACGAGGGCAGCCUCACGGCGGAGGCGCUGAGAAUGGAGCGGGACAGCCUCCGGAAGGAGGUGGAGGGGCUGCGGGGACAGGGCUCCGCGGCCGGCCCGGAGGUAAACCUGGGACCCGACAAGAUGGUGGUUGACCUGAGAGACCCCAACCGCCCACGCUUCACCCUCCAGGAGCUGCGGGACGUGCUGCAGGAGCGCAACCAGCUCAAGUCCCAGCUGCUGCUGGCGCAGGAGGAGCUGCAGUGCUACAGGAGCGGCCUGAUUGCAGCGAGAGAAGGCCCAGGAAGAAGAAGGGAAAAGGAAACCCUGGUUGCGAGGGCCAGCGAUGAUGGCAGAAACAAGGAGGAGAAGACCAUCAUAAGGAAGCUGUUCUCUUUCCGGUCAGGGAAGCAGACAUAGAUCCAAGGCAGCGCUCCUCGGACUAGAGAACACGGCCAGGCCCCAGGAAGACUUCAGAACCGCUCAGUGCCACGCAGGCGCACCUACUUAUUCUCCUCGAAGGCGUCUGAGGAGGAACGAGGUGGGCUUCUCACAGUCACUGUCUCCCGCCUGGAGGCUUGGCCAGGGCAGGGGAGUGGCCUCGAGAAAGCAGAAGAAGGUGCAGCCACCUCUGCCCAGUCAGCCACCCCCCGCAGGGGCUCGGGGGUCUGCUCCUGGGGCCCCGCCCACGGCCUCCGCCCCUGGCCCCGGGGAGAAGGCUGAGAGCCUGGCACUGACCCUCCAGAGACCUUGCUGAUGUUUAGUGAGCAUCUGACUUGGCUCACAGGACUUUCUUUAU